GACGUGGAGGAGGCGGACGUGGAGGCGGACGUGGGCGGGAAAGGCAAGCGGGCCAACAAAGGCAAGCCCAGCAAGCAGGCGCCCGGCAAGCAGGCGCCCGGCAAGCAGGCGCCCGGCAAGGAUGCACCUGGCAAGGAUGCCCUCCCCUUCCCUCGCGGCGCGGGCAAGGUUGCGACCGGAAGCAGCCGCCCCGGCGGCGGAGUGCACGGCCAGGCUGGGGCGGGCGCGGCGCGCAAGGCGGCGAGGCGACAGGCGUACCUCACCAACAUGUCCGGGCGCGGAGGAGGGGGGCGCCGCGCAGGGAGGGGCGCACACGAGCGAGGCAA